CAGUGAGUAAGGGAGGGGGGAUAUGCACGAGUCUUAAAUGCGUUGUUUUGGGAUUGCAUCACUAAAUCGUCAGAGGUCUUCAGUUCGAGCAGACUCAUAGCACUGUUAGUCUUGAGGUAUUUUCUCACAGUGUCGAAAAACUCAUUCAAGCACUACAAUAGGCUGUUGGAGAAAGGAGACACCGGAUCCUCAUUGACAGGUAUCCAAAAGAAGAUACAACCCACUGGAGGACGUCAGAGAGGCAUCAUGACACAGGGCAAGCUAUCACUUGCAACCAAAGCCUCAGAUGGCUCCCCUAGUGGACAGGCCUUGGUGGCACCAGCUCCUCCAAGCUAUGAGGAAGCCACUGCGGGCACCAGUGCACCUUGUUAUGAUGAUGUUGAGACACUCUCAGACUUCAACUGGGAUGAUCGCAACAUCAGGAGGAUCUUCAUCCGUAAGGUUUAUGCCAUCUUGAUGAUCCAGCUUAUGGUCACUCUUGCCAUUGUUGCUAUUUUUACUUUCUGUGACCCAGUGAAGGACUACAUUCAAAGCAACCCUGGGUGGUACUGGGCGUCUUAUGCUGUGUUCUUCGUCACAUAUCUGACUCUGUCUUGCUGCUCUGCACCAAGGAGACAGUUUCCAUGGAAUCUGAUUCUGCUCGCAAUCUUUACCCUCUCACUCUCCUACAUGACAGGGAUGUUGUCCAGCUUCUACAAUACAAAGUCAGUGGUGACGUGUCUGGGCAUUACAUCAGCAGUCUGUCUCCUGGUCACAGUCUUCAGCUUCCAAACUAAGAUUGAUGUGACAUCCUACCAAGGCGUGCUCUUUAUCUUCUGCAUGGUCAUGUUUAUCUCUGGACUGGUUCUGGCAAUUGUCCUCCCAUUUCAAUAUGUUCCCUGGUUGGAUGCCACCUAUGCAGCUUUGGGAGCCAUUCUGUUCACCAUGUUUUUGGCAUUUGACACCCAGCUCCUCAUGGGAAACAAGCGCUACACCAUGAGUCCAGAAGAGUAUGUCUUCGCCACUCUGAACAUCUACCUAGAUAUUAUCUACAUCUUCUCCUUCUUCCUACAGAUCUUUGGAAGAAGACAAGAGUAAACCAUUGCCCUAUUUUCUGGGAUAUAGACCUGGGGUGAACCUUUAGUGUGACAUGAUAACAGUCUUUUAAAAAUGUGGUGAGUGUGAUGACAGUGCUUCCAAUUGUUACAACUUUACUUUUGUGCGUAAUAUUGAUAAGGUUGUGAAUUUAUGUCAAUAGAUGUUCAUCAGUACCAAACAAAUCCAAAAUGUCUAAAACCUUUCCCACCUCUCUAGCAUGUUGUUAUCACCCAACACAUUAAAGGGUAGCUUAGUAGCUUUACCAGUUAAAAACAUAGAGUGAUCAAAAAACAUUCUCUAUUUAAGGUAGAAAAAACCUAAUGUGACUGUUCAUCUGUAGUUGUAUGGGUGUCUUUAUAUCCAUGCCUGCUGAAUAUCACAAAUAUCUCGCAAACAAUAGAUGUCAGUUCUCUUCAGAAGAACUAUGAAACUAUACACUAUGCAUGACUCAAAAAAAAAAAAGAAAUCAUCAUGACUAUGCCAAAUCAUGGUCAUCCCAUCAAUAAUCUAGUGCUGUGGGUAUGAAUUCAGUGACUGAGAGUACAAGUCUUCACAGACUUCGACACUUUCCUGGUAUUUCCAGUUAUGAAGAAAAACAGUAUUGACACAAUGAGUUUAUUCCUUUAACUGUUUGUGGGUGGGUGAUGUGUUUUCUCUGUUUUGAAUAAGAACAUGAAUAUUGUUCUUCCUGGAUUUGUGAGUUGCUGCAUAUCACUACCUUGAUUUGUUGCUCAGUACACUGUGGUAGGACUAUAUUUUGAUAUUUGCUCCACUUUCAGUCAUUACCUUUACUCUGCUGCUGUGUUUAUUAGAACAUGUCAUUAACUAUACCUUAUAUCUGUACAUUAAAUCUGUUGAAUUAACAUUUUAUGGGAUUUUAUUUUCAUGAUUGAUAUUUGGUUUUAAAAAAUUAUUGAUGUCUGCAAUGUAAAUGUUGGUGUAAGUAUUAUUUAACUUUAGGGAGUCAGUUUGAAAGUGGUGACACAUGACAGUUGAAUACAAAUACAACAAUGCCAUGCAUGUAUGUAUUUCAUGUAACUUUUGAUAUAGGUUCAUUGUGAAGGGGUUUAAAUGCUAUAUUUCAUGACAUUUAAAAUUUAUUUUUCUAUGACAGAACGUAUAUUUCAAAAGUGUGUGAUAUAAAAUGAUGAAUUUGAUGCUUGAAAUGAAUUUAAAACUAUUUUAAAGUGGCCUUGGAUAUUUUUAUUUGAUGAUAUUGAUGCAGUAUAUUAUUUUUAUAUCAUCCUGCAUUUCACCUUGGCAUCUGUGUUCUUGUCAUGAUCUAUUAAAAGGUGAAUGUGUG